AUGGCAGUCUCUCUGCCGGCAGCAUUUGCUCAGAUUCCUCGAUAUCCUCUGCUAUACCCUCAUCCUUCCCCAAUUCACCCCCUCACACUUCUGUCCACGUACCUCAACAACAACAACACCACAACCAAAACACCGUAUAUCUCCCUCUACGCCAAACGAGAAGAUCACUCCUCUCCACUUGCCUGCGCAGGGAACAAAUAUCGCAAGCUCGAAUACAUCAUCCCGGACAUCCGGCCCUCUCACAGCGCUCCCAAUGGAACCCCCCCAACCCUCGUCACCGAGGGCGCCGUCCAGAGCAAUCACACCGUGCAGGUUGCCGCAGUAGCGAACCGACUCGGCCUCGAGGCAGUCGUCGUCCUCCACAAAGGCACAGGCGGCGGUCUAGCCGCCUCAACCGACAAAGCUUCGUUCCUGCGCACGGGAAACCCGCAAGUUGCCCGUCUCCUUGGGGCAGAGGUGAGGAUGCUCGAGUCAUCGACUGUCCCCGCAGACGAGGAGGAGGAUCCAAUCCCUGGGAUUCUGGAGGAAUUACGCGCGCAGGGCAAGGCGCCAUAUUGGAUCCCCUCCGGGGCGAGUCUGCAUCCUCUCGGUGGGUUGGGUUAUGCGCGCUGUGCGUUUGAGAUUGCGAUGCAGGAACAGACUCAGGAUUUGAAUGGGAGUGGGCGCUUUGAUUAUAUCUUCGUCGCGUGCGGGAGUGGCAGUACGGUGGGUGGUCUGAUCGCCGGGCUGAAGCUGUUGGAGAAGCUGGAAGGCAGAACCGGGUCGAGUAAACCGCCUCGGAAAGUCAUCGGGAUCUUGACUUCGCCUACCAAGCCUCGGGAGUACCAUGAGGAACGGGUGCUCACGUUUGCGCGUCGCACCGCUGCUCUUAUUGGUUUGGAUGCUGAAAAGGACAUUUCCAUGGAGGAUGUUCGGCUUGAUGAUCGUUUCGCUGGCACCGCAUAUGGUGUUCUAGAUGCACAGACAAGCACGGCGCUGGACUUGAUGGCAAAAAGGGAGGCAAUAAUGCUCGAUCCCGUAUACACUUCAAAGGUCAUACGGGGACUCUCGCACUGGGUACAGCAAGGGGACCUGGCAAAGGACUGGUCACUUCGUACGCGAGAUUGGGAACGCCCCGACUCCAUGAACCUGCUUUUCAUCCACACUGGAGGACAGGCCGCGUUAGGCGCCUAUGCAGACAUGGUCGAGUCAUAG